GUGGGUGUCGACUGGAACGCCCCUGUUCCCCUGUUCUUCUGUCAACCCCUGUCAAAUCGCAACACGAUCUGAUUUUGCCCCAGAAUUCUUUAUCGAAGACAUAAAAUGCCGUGAAUCAACUUUGGUUGGAAUCAGUGCCAUAGAUUAGUGGUCCGUUCAGCCAUUGGCUGCCGUUGGCACGUUCAGUUACUAUGUUUACUAAUGAAGUGUGGGAACGGGUGUCUUGGGCUGGGUAUCAAAACCCUUGUUAAAUCCCCACAUUAACCUGAUAUGACCGAUAUCAGGCCGUAAUUUCAAAGAACUUUCUUUUCUUCGUCUUCAAUUAGCAAUCAUACCAUAGCCUAUUAGACAUCAAAUUGUGAAGAUGUGCCUGCUAACCAGCGCCAUUGUUGGAGCUCUUGAGGAGCUUGAGGAUUCAAGCGUCGUCUGCUAUCAGUCAACUUUUCCAACUUACUGCCCAUCAAUCCCAUCAACUCAGACGGGAUAGUCGUUCUUGUUUUGGAGUACAAUUGCGAGAAAUGUCACCUUCUCGCAAUUGAGCAUAUCAAGAAGGGAACUCAUGGUUGGAAAUGUCAAAUGACGAAGAUACGCCCAUUUCCAUUUUGGAGCUUUGGCGCCUAAAGUUCAACAUGUCUCUUCUUGGAGAAUGCCGUGAUAUCAACGGAUUAGCUGUCAAGCAUGGCCUUAUGUACAUGGCUGGCCCUGGGGAAUGCCACCAGUGUGUGUGUGAGAGUGGCGUGCCAAAGAAUUGCCAAGAUGUUAUGUGCCAUCAACCUCAGAACUGCUCAACAUUCAGAAAGGGGGCACGUUGCUGUGAUUUUGUUUGCCUUGAUGAUCUCUCAUCAGGAAAAACUGAUGUUGUUAGCUUGGAAGGUGACUUUGGGCUCCGUCUUAUAGCUUCAGUCAUCACAGCAAUCCUGUCUUUUUCUCUUCUUUUCUUCCUUAUACAUCGUCUAAGGCAAAGAAAGAUACGUUCUGGACGUCAAAAUAGACAGAUGAAUGAAGAUGAGCGGAGCUUGGGAAGUAUUGGGUACAUAACGGGCUCUUUGGGCUACCUUCCUGGAGCCAUGGAGCGUUACGAAGAACCUGCAGCUCACUUUCCUCACUACCCUUUGUGGAAACCUCCUGGAAAUUACUUUCCUCGAGGGGAGGCGCCACCUCCAUAUGAGGAAGCAGUAGCUGCUACUCGUGCAGAAGCAUUGGCAGUUGCUAUGGCAAGUGGAAAUCUGCAUUCAGCCCAUCCAAACUACAGCCGAGAUGCUCUGAUGGGUGUCAGUGCUUGUAAUUACAACACAUAUUCUGCUGGUAAUUUGCUGAGUGGCACUGCUCAUCGAACAAUCCCUAUCAAUCUUGCAACAAGUGCCAGUUUCACUUUGCAACCUGAUCGCUAUGAUGACAACCCGGCCGCUGGAGGGGCUUCUUGUGUAUCUGUUUCUGCAGGUACAGUGCAGGUCACAGCAACUGUCACUGGGCCACAGAUCCCAAGACCGGAUUUGCUUCACUCUGACAUUGCUCUUAUAAGACAAGGAGAUCCUUCUUCCCGGUCCAGUACCCUCAGACGUAGUGACAUGACAACACGAGCUGAAAUUAGUCACAGGCCAGACCAAAAUCUAAGAGCUGAUGUAGGACGUAAUCAUCGUCCUGAAGCAUUCCAAUGGUCAGACGCUCCUCACAGACCUGAUGCUGGCCAUCGGUCUGAUGGAGUUCAUUGCCCAGAUUCAGCUCAUUGCUCUAAUUCUAGUCAUCGAACGGAUGCUGGACAUCGAUCUGAUAAUAACCAUCGUCUAGAAACUGGGCUUCAAUUAGAAACCGUCCAUGGCAUGGAUGGUAUCCCACGAACAGAACUGAACCAGUACUCAGAUUCUCACCGAAAUGAUGUGAACCACCGACCUGAUAUGCCUCACAGGAAAGAAACUCCGCACCACCUGGAUCCUAGUCAUAGUCACAUUCAAGUGGACAUCAAUGAUCGUUCAAGCCAUAGACCUGAUAAUCAUCACCGUCAUGAUUUUUCACAUCGAGAUGUGGGUCAUAGAGACAUGUGGCGGCAAGAUGCAAAUGACUCAGUGAAUUUCCGAGGGGAUGAAAGAAGACUCCCAUCCAUACCCCUUCCUGAGAAUUCACACUCUCUACCUCCUCACCACUCGCACAGCAUACAUCAUCAAGUUCACAAUGUUGGACAGACUCUUCACCAAACUGCAACAAUCCAUACCCAUUCAUAUGGAAGGCAACUUCAGACAACAACUGUGGGCCAUAUGGAGAUACCUGCUCCAAUCCCAGGCCCAGAUUUGGAUCCAAAGGAUAGGAAGGCUGGGUCCUCCAAAAUGGUCAUCCCACAGUUAGCUAAUGUUCCCAAAUCUGGAACAGGCGUGUACGAAGACUCUUUUCAUACAGCUGUUAUAGAUAGCUCUCAUCUUCACACUGCAACUUUGCGACGAGGGAAGCACCACAGUACAGCAGGAAACGGGAUGGUCACCUUGAGAAGGAACCCAGUACCUGUGGCCACCCCCACACUAAAAAUGGUACCAUCUCAGCCAAUGCUGAGUGACUCUACCUGUGUAGCUUCAAGUGGCAUGCCUGGCCCAACGUCCUCGUCAUCGGCCAUUAGCAUUCCUCCUCCAACCAUACCAUCCAUGGAAGCUCAGAGUAACAUGGCUUGCGUGAGCGCCCCUUCAACUGCGUCUGUGAUGGCAGCCAUUGUAGCGGCCUCACCCCCGAGGUGCACUUGCCCCAAAGCAUCAAGCCCUAGAUGCACUUGCCCAGGAAGCUGCCAUAGUAGCAUUAUGAGCCUAGCUGUGAAUGAGGCCUCCUUGCCCCAGAACAGCAAUGUUUCCCUCGCCCAGGCUGGUCUCGAUGACAAUGAUGAUUAUCGCAGUGAAUGUGAGAAUUGUAAGAGCACUCACAGCUCCAACUAUUAUUUGGAUGCAGAGGAACCAGAGCCUGAAAUAACGAUGACAUUGCAUCGUAAACCUGCGGAUACUAGUGAAGAGAAUGGGAAUGCCUAUUAUCGCACAAGCCUCACUUUGCCCACUCGACACAGGGUGAUUCCUCUCCAUGGUAGCGGAGCAAGAGACAACUGGUUUAGCAGUAUGCCAGAAUCAUCGUCUGAUGAUGAAUCAGAUGAAUGAUAGGUGCAGCAAAAACUCGUGUAUUGGAACCAUGGCCUCAGAAUCAAGAUAUUUCAGUAUUUCAGCCACCAAAGUUUAACUAACUAUGCAAGCAAAGUAUUAUUUUUUUGUGAUUACCUUACAAGUAUUGCCUUUUUUUUUGUUUUAUAGUUUUAUAUAUUAUUUUUUACUUUUUAAUGUCACAUUCCACAGGCUCUGUUUUGCUCUUUUCCUUUUAUACUCAUGCUGGUAAUGAGUUUCAUUUUAUUCAUUUGAUGUUUGGUUUGUUUGUUGUUUCUUUGGGUUGUGACCAUUCAUGCUCAUCAUAAAUAAAUCAAAAUAUGUCACUUCUUGAACCGUUAAGUUAUGACCUUAACUUGUGUGAUUAAAACUGUGUCUUCUUUAUGUUUAGCUCAAUUUGACCUGGACUUACAAUGUUUAAAAAUUUAUUGUAAUAUUUAAAACUUCAUUUAUGCUUGGUUUCACCAUGAUUUAGGAACUGGACUCAUUAUUUAAGUUUCUGUACUACUUUCGGGAGGUAAAUUACUAUUGAUUUAGUAUUAUGCUCACUGACAACUCAUAUAGAAUCAAUCUCACUCCAUAAAAAAAUAACUGGCCAACUGAAACUGUUCAGUCUCCAUCCAUGCACCUCAUAAACAUUUAAGAUUUACUUAAGCUGAGUGUUGUCAAAUUGUAGCUAGGAUAUUAGUGACAGAUGAAACAGUUCAAAUGAUGGGGAGAUAGUUGGAGAAGUAGCCAAAACAAGUUGAACCUGGAAUCUCGUCAGUACAAUUUAUGGAAAGAAGUCUGUAAGUUGAAGCCUAAAGAUUGUAUAUGUAAUGAGUGGACUAAUUAAUGAAAGGAUUUCUUCUUUAGCUGAUAUUGUAAAUAUUGAAACAUUUUCCUUGCCACUACCUAACCUGUGAUACAAAUGUAAUGCUUUGAAUGAGUUGCUAUUUAUUUGUAAUUCUGCAACCAAAUUGCUCAUUUUAUUAUGCUUGAACCUGAAAGUUAUUGUAGUUCUGGAAUACAAAGAAAAGACUACUUUGUAAAACCUAAUGUUACCUAAACUGUUUGUUUGUUUUGUUUCUUUUAAUUUUAAAAUACUCUUAUCCAAUUGUCAGCUUUUCAACAAUAUGCCAUUUUUUUAAAACUUCUUUGAUUUAUAUUGUGUUUUUAUGAUUGUGCUAGAUGUAUUUUCGCUCAUCUGCAUUGAUUUAAAAUGCCUAUAAUUAUGGUACUACUACUAUUUUAACAAAACAAAGCCUCUCUGAACUAGCAAGUUAAUGUGAUUCUGAAUUAUAUUAUGUGUCAAUUGACAUGCUAACAUGUAGGGUUAACAUUUAGUCUGUGUACUCAGAUACUACCUUGUGAUUAAUGUAAACCCAUACAUUCCUAUCCAUUAACAGGUGUAGAUAAAUUGUUCUACCUAAUGUCUGUGUGUUUUUUUCCUGAAAGAUUUCAUGUGUACAGUCCAAAUGUCUUCAGUGUGAUUUCUCAUAUUGAAUACCUUGUAAUUUGGUUAGCAUGUCUAUUUACACAUGCAGUGAUAGUCCCAUAUUAUCUUACUGAGACUGUAAGUUAAGUUGAUGUCGAAACGAAAUGUGCCAAAGAAUAUGGUUGUCCAUUAAAUUCAUCAUGAUGACAUAGUUAUAGGAGAAAUAAUGACAAGACAUGUAAGGGCGAAACAUCUGGACUUAUUUCAAAUUUUUACUGUUGAUGGAUUGUUUGUGUAAUCUGAAGAAAAAAUUGAUGUGUUCAUUAUUUAAUGAGAGUUGUAAGGUCUAGUAAGGCCUGAGUCUCUAAUUUGUAUAAAGUUGAUCUAAUCUGUUUGCUUGUGGAGAGUACCAAACACAACAUACUUUGUUUGCUAUGGGAAGGAACCCUUAGGGUAUGUGCUGCUAUUUUAAUUGACAAAAUGACACUCUUUUCAUUGAGUUUAGUGUGUUUUCAAAUCUUCAUUGUUAGAAUUUUCGUUUUUCAUCUAGGAAAAAAUAUGAAAGACCAAUAAAUGGCUUCAGAGAGAAUAGAAAUCUAUGUCAUUCUAUUUUCUUGCCAUGCAACUAUGUAAAACAGAGGAUUUGCUUUAUGAUAUGAUUCUGCUUAAUUGCCAGUCUGCUAUGACAGGGACCAGUCCUGAACAACUUUUGCCUUCAACAGUUUUCAGGAAUCAGCUUGGCUGCCAAGGAUGAACAUAACACCUGCAGUCUACAAUAUACAUAGAUUUGGCGCCUUUCCUAGAAUCAAUGGCACAUAAAGAUUACAAGGAAGUACAAGUGUCUUCUCCUCUGGAAUUUUCUUGAAGUCAGUUUCUAUUUACAACUCCUAAAUUGUCUUUAUUCUAAUUAGUCUGCUCUUUGUCAAACAGGCAUUUAUUCAAACAUUAAUCAAAGAUGAGUGUUGUUGAAAACAACUAAAUUUGUAAGCACUAUCUUAGCAUAUCUCACACCUUCUUUUUAGAUCCGUUCAGGUAUGUUGGUCUGAUAAUAUGUAUCAGACUGAGCCCCAUUCCUCUGUGGAACAUAUUACUAUUCUCAGUGUAUUUCUUAAUAAUUAAGAAUUAUGUGUAUAAAUAUGACAGCAAUAUGUAUGUCUAUAGCUGGUACAAUGACUUACUCUUGCAUUCUGUUUAUAUUAUUCUUAUGUUCUGUUUUUAAUUCUCUGUGAUAUUGGUUUGGAUUGAAUAGAAAUUCAUACUGAGUGGAUGUCUAAAUACUUUGAAAUGCGACCUCAGAUGUGACAUUUGCUAAAUAAUUUUCAGUAUAUUUUGUUUGCUGUGCAAAGUUUUAAAUCCAAAGGAAUGUUAAUUGAUUUUAAAUGGCUGUGACACUAAUUGUGGAGGUCUACUUCCCAUUUUUCUUGCCCAUUCUGAUCCACAUCUGAAGCUCCUUAGUUUUGAUGUGGGCUUUCUGUCUCUUUUUUUUUUUUUUGUUAACAGAUAAUUUUACUGUUGAUGAGAGCACUUUCUCUACAGGCCGAAAUCGACCAAACUAAUUUAAUUAGGCAGUGUUAUUUUCCUUAAAUUAUAACAUCAGAAGCAGACUAUUGUUUUCUGGAUUGGACAAAUGAAAAUGCCAAGGAGAUUCCAUAUGAGGGUAGCAAUGUCACAUCAUAUCAGUUAAGAGGGAGAUGAGGAAUCCCUUUGUUCCGUUUGAAAUCUAAUAUAGCUAUGUUAUUAGAUUCCUUGUGCAGCUUUCCUUUUUUUGUUGGGACAGCAAUGAAUGUGAUCCUACUUAAGAGGGAAGGAAGGACCAUUUCUAAGCCUGUGGGGUCCUGCUCCUCUACUGUCAAAGCUUUUAUAUUGGCUUGGUAUUCAAACCCAGCCACAUUACUUGCUCAUGCUUGUCCUGUUUUCAAUGUAAAUAGAUGCACUUCAAAGCAAUCUUUCAACACAUAUAUUACCAAAGAUAAAUGUACUAAUAUAAUUUGUGUGUGUUCAUGUUUGAUGAAGUAUGUGAAGAAGUGAGAAUUAUGUUUAAUUCAUUCAUACCAAAAAUACAUGCUGAGUUUGGUGGAAACAGAUGGAAAAUUAGUAUGUGCUAAUCUUUUUUUUUUUCUGUAUCAAUAAAAAGACUUGUUAAGACAUGCG